AAAAACAACUGUAAAUUUGGUCCAAAUGUUGUCUAUGGACUAGGAAGCAUAACUUGUGACAACAGUCCUGUCAUAAAUCUUGACAGUUCAACUUUGCUUUCGUUACCUGCAUCAGGAUGAAAAAACCGCAAAUUUUCCCCAUGUUGGUUAGAAUGAAAAUGAAUUAGAAGCAUGAACAUGAUAGUUUCAAUUCAUUUCAACCUUAAGAUUGAACUAUAUAGAAUCCCGGAGUGCAUGGCAAAGAGUCUCAAUCAUAUCUGAUACAUCCAGCCGCCAUGGCUGGCCCAGCUACCCCAUCUGUCAAUUCUCUGUAAGUGUCCUUCAUUUAAGUUGCUGUUGCUUCAUGAUCAUGAGUGAAGAUCUGAAAGUUUCCUUCAUUUAAGCCUCUACCGAUCUCCUUCCAAUUCUAUUCAUUUCCUCUCUUCUGUGUGGCAAUGCCAUAUUGGUGGACAAGGACAAGAAACUCUCCAAGAGUCCAACGAGAUAAUAAACAACACAACCAUGAGAAGAAGAAAGAACAGGAAGAUAAAUAUAGAAAGAAGCCAAAGAGUUUUGACGAAACUAUACUUUUCACUAACAACUCUUCAAGGAGCAGCAUGGACUUGAAAGCAUCUUCACUUUCCAUCAGUGGGUCUUCGGAGUUUUCAGGUUUUGAUUCUGAUAUUGGAAUUGAGGUUGCAGAGAAGAAAGCUUACCCUUUGCCAAAACCUGCAUGUUCUCCUGAGCAAUUGAUAAAUUUCGAUAAAAGACUUGACUCUGAAGCGGCUUUGCUUUCAAACUCCAGUUUGUCUUUAUCUUUUUCCUCUUCUAUCUCUUCUAACGAUGAAGGUGUUGAUGCUACUGUUGAUGAUCAUGGAGAUUUUGGUUCUUUCAGGGCAGUCGAAGAGACCAAUCACAACUCAUGGUUAAGGACAUCGUCUCCUGGAUUAAAAGCUUCCACUGCACAGACGUCAUCUCCAACUCCAUUGCUGUUGGAGUCCCCAUCGGAAAAGCAAGACAACCGGAGGCAUCCUUGUCAUCCACUACCCCUUCCUCCUGCUUCUCCUAAUAAAUCUUCACAGGAUAUGCAGUCAAAUUGGAAGAAGGGAAAGCUUAUAGGGAGAGGGACAUUUGGCCAUGUUUAUGCUGGAUUUAACAGUGAAAAUGGACAAAUGUGUGCAAUAAAGGAAGUGAGGAUUAUUUCUGAUGAUCAGAAUUCAACUGAAUGUCUCAAGCAACUGAAUCAGGAAAUUGCAUUGCUUAGUGAACUGUGUCAUCCAAACAUUGUUCAAUACUAUGGAAGCAAAAUGGUAGACAAUAAACUCUCAGUUUACUUGGAGUAUGUUUCUGGGGGUUCAAUCCAAAGAUUGCUAAACGAAUAUGGUCCAUUUGCGGAACCCGUUAUUCGAAGUUACACGAAGCAGAUUCUUUCUGGUUUAGCAUAUUUACACAAAAGAAAUACAGUGCACAGGGAUAUUAAAGGAGCAAACAUACUAGUAGAUCCUAAUGGUGAAAUUAAGCUUGCUGACUUUGGCAUGGCAAAACAUAUGAAAUCGAAUUCUUCAAUACUUUCGUUUAAGGGGAGUCCUUAUUGGAUGGCACCAGAGGUUAUAAUGAACAAUAGAAGCUAUAAUCUGGCUGUUGACAUAUGGAGCUUAGGGUGCACCAUUCUUGAGAUGGCAACAUCAAAACCCCCAUGGAGCCAGUAUGAAGGGGUGGCUGCAAUAUUUAAGAUAGCAAAUAGCGCUGAGAAUCCUGAGGUUCCCACUUACUUGUCAGAAGAUGCCCAGAAUUUUGUAAAAAUUUGCUUGCAUAGAGAUCCAUCUGCACGUCCCACUGCCAUGCAACUGUUAAAUCAUCCCUUCAUCCAAAAUCAGAGAAAUUGCUAAUUCUAUUCAUGAAGCCUUCUCUGUUCAUGGAAGACUUCCUACGGGAUGAAGUAUCAAUCCUGCAACAGCUGCCUUCUCUCUUCCUGUUACUCCUCUUGAAUGUCCAGCAGGAAACAUGGUAUCAAGCUCGCUCACCAACUGGACAAUUCUGUCAAGACUACAGAGGAUAAAACCAGUGUGAACCUUGCCAAUGAACUAGAAUGCUGAGAGGUUUCACCUAAGCACUUCAUGUAUUGAACUUGGCAUGAAUGCCCCACUGGAUUUGUAACUCAUGAUGAGAUAACUGCCUUGUUGGUGGCCACAGCUCUAAGUUCAACAGGGUAAACAAUGUUUUUCCACCUAAAAUUUUGAAUAAGCUUGACAAGGUUUGACAAA